UUGCCACUUGGCUAAAUUUUGAUAUCUCGAGUGUUUUUUUGGCUGGGGGUAAGUAAUGGCAGAGCAGCAAGCGAAGAAGCUGGAAGCCGAAUCGCCGGUGACUCCACCACCAGCACCGGCUCCGGCGCCGGCGGAAACCAAGACCGAUGUGGCACAGGAGAAAACUGUAGUUCCACCGCCUGAAGAGAAGCCUGAUGAAUCUAAAGCUCUUGCUGUAGUAGAGAAGAUUCCAGAAUCUGCUCCAAAGAAGAUUUCAGGGGGAUCACUUGACAGAGAUAUUGCUCUUGCUGAGGUUGAAAAGGAAAAGAGAAAUUCAUUUAUCAAGGCAUGGGAAGAUAGCGAGAAAAGUAAAGCAGAGAAUAAGGCUCAGAAAAAGAAAUCUGCUGUUGAAGCAUGGGAGAACAGCAAGAAGGCAGCGCUGGAAGCCAAGUUGAGAAAGAUUGAGGAACAAUUGGAGAAGAAAAAGGCAGAGUAUGCAGAGAAAAUGAAAAACAAAAUAGCUUUGGUUCACAAACAAGCUGAAGAAAAAAGAGCAAUAGUUGAAGCACAACGAGGCGAAGAAAUGUUAAAGGCAGAGGAAAUGGCUGCAAAAUACCGAGCUACUGGACAAACUCCAAGGAAGCUCCUUGGUUGCUUCUAAGGUUGCAAGUUUUGAGCCUGGUGGAGAAUCAGUAAAUCGCAUCACUGCUGCUCCUCUGCGAUAGUCUUUAUUCUCUGUAACUCUAUGGUUUGCACGUGUACACAUUUCUUAUCUGUAUCUUUCCUUGGAUUUUUAAGUCUUUAUCAUUGAUAAUUUCCAUUACAGAAUGUGUGUUUGUAUAGAAAUACAAUAUUUUCUGUGACAGAGUUGAAGUUUAUUUCAUUAA